AAGACGUCGAGGAAAGGAAAACAAACAUCGAGCGAGGCUGCAAGAGAGGCGGGCCAGACUUUACUUCCGGGUACGGCGCCGGUCAACUGACCCGCAGCGGUCCAAUCAGCGCGUCGCUGGGCUGUCUGUCAACAAAGCGCAGUCAAAGCCAGCUGACUGCCGGGACUCGGAAUCCCAACACACAACAGCAGCAACACUACGGUGGAGCAAGGCGUCGCGCAGAUAUGAGGGGAGCACAAGCGAGCAGCAGACAGGAGGCCUCGGGAGGACUGUGGGAUUCCGUGAAGAAAGCCGUCAUUGUCAUCGGAUCCGGAAUCCUGUUCCUGGCGGCGUUUGGUAAUUCGCUGACAUGGCAUCUUCAGAAGUUUUGGGGAGCUUCGGGCAACUUUUGGCAGAAUUUGUGGACCAAACUCUACGUGAUGUUUGAGGGCCACAACGAGGCGUUAUUCUACAUGGGCACGAUGCUGGUGCCCAUGGUGGUGUUCUGGGCAUUCAACGCUCUGCUGCUACUGGCGGACACCACGGGGAAGCCGUCUUUCAUCACCCGCUACCGCAUCCAAGCCGACAAGAACGACCCGGUGGACCCUGAGAAGCUGCGCCACGCUUUGAAGACGGUGCUGUUCAACCAGAUGUUCAUUUCUGCACCCACCGUGGUGGCCGCCUACCACCUGACCCGCUGGAGAGGAGACCCCUGCGGACCCCAGCUGCCCACCCUCCACUGGGCCCUCGCCGAGCUCACUAUCUUCUCCAUCCUGGAGGAAGUUCUCUUUUACUACUCGCACAGACUGUUCCAUCAUCCCACCCUCUACAAGCGCUUCCACAAGCAGCACCACGAGUGGACCGCCCCUAUCGGCGUGGUCGCCACCUACGCUCACCCGCUGGAACAUUUGUUCUCCAACCUGCUGCCAGUGGUGAUCGGGCCGGUGCUGCUGGGCUCGCACGUGUCCAGCACGUGCAUGUGGUACUGCUUGGCGCUGGUCAGUACCACCAUUUCCCACUGCGGGUACCACCUGCCCUUUCUGCCCUCGCCAGAGUUCCACGACUUUCACCACCUCAGGUUCAACCAGUGUUUCGGCGUUUUCGGCGUGCUGGACCGCCUGCACGGCACCGACAUCAAGUUCCGGCAGACCAAGCAGUACGAACGCCACACCUUGCUCUUGGGACUCACCCCGCUCACCGAGAGUAUCCCCGACACGCCCACUAAGUCCCACUGACUGCCGUCACGCCAUCUUGAUUCCUUUUUACACGUUUUUUUUCUUUUAAAACCUGUUGAUCAGUUUUUGUUUAAGUUUAAUUCUUUUGCACUAUCAUUGUUUUUUUUUUUUUUUUUUACUGACUGACGCCCAUUCACAGUUUGGUUCUGGGAACUUAAGUGUGAAUUCUGCCCACAAAGUAGUUGUGAGAGGAAAAAAAAGUUUUUUGCGCUUAUCGCGUGCAGAGCACAGCACAAUUGCAAGUCUAUCCUCCGAACCACAAGUCUGUUCAAGUGUCAAAGACUCGACUGUGAGGCAACACGGUGCCGCAGGGCAUCCAGGAAAUCCAAAGAAGAAGAGCGAGAAAAAGCGAGGCCGUUUUAGCUGAGUGUAACUAUUGAAUAAGUUUAACCUCGACGAUUCUCAGCUCCAACAGUUUUCAGGGCAGAUUGUGGAGGGGAAAAUAAAAACAUUUCUCAACACAAUCCAGCGCUAAAUCUUUCAGCGUUGCGAUAAUCGCAAGGAGGCUAAUUUAUUAUCGUAACAUUCCACAUUUAUGAUUGUCGGGCGCAACUUUUCUGAGCUCAUCGUAGGAGGAAGAAGCUCACAUCUCAGGCAAAAUACUCCACAGCCGAGGAUACUCGCUCAGAAACCCAAAAGACAAUCAAGGCCUUUGCUGACAUUGUUCACGGAAGAAAAGCAGCACUCUCCACAUUUCCGAGACAUCCGAUAAGCACAACUUUGUGGACGCUGAUCGGAAGAGGUGCAAAAAGACUCGUGUGCUGUACACGUGAUGUAAACCUGUCGAAAUUGUAACGAUGAACCAUUUGCGUAUUACAAGCCCACUUUUGCUGCUCCUAUUGUGUUUGUGAUGACAAAUCCGUCAAUAAAUGAUCAUUUUGACAAUAUGA